AAUAUUUUCCAAAUUUGCCAUCACCUCCUUCCUCCAACUACCACGUGAUGUAAUGAAGCUCACCAACCCCCGAAUUAACGACGCCGCUCUUCUAUCUCCUUCUUAUAAAAGAUCUAUGCGCUUAGCCGGAUCCUGCUCAGGGCAAAAACCUCUGCAGUCCUUCUCGCUCUCUCUAUCCCGCAUUGGGAAAAUAAGAAAUCUUGAGAGAAACGUGAAGGACAGAACAAGAAAAUGGCACUCGCAGGUGGUUCAACCCUUUCCACCAACCCCCUCUUGAAACGCCACCACCUCCCUUCAGCCUCAGCCACCACAAUCGCUGGCUCCUCUAAUUUACAGCAACAGGCGAUCUUACCAUCCAAGCCUUUUUCGGCUACCCGAUCAAUCUCCGCCGUGCACGCGGCGGAGCCAACCAAGAACCCUGUCUUCACCGACAAGCCCUCGCUGGUGACGAGGCCUGGGAAGUGGACCCCGGACAGCUGGACGUCUAAGAAGGCGCUGCAGCUUCCGGUGUAUCCUAAAAAGGAAGAACUGGACUCGGUUCUACGCACUAUCGAGAACUUCCCGCCGAUUGUAUUCGCUGGCGAGGCCCGAAACCUGGAGGAACGACUCGGAGAUGCUGCCCUCGGCAAGGCCUUCCUCCUCCAGGGCGGCGAUUGCGCCGAGAGCUUCAAGGAGUUCAACGCCAACAACAUCAGAGAUACCUUUCGCAUCGUCCUUCAGAUGGGCGUCGUUCUCAUGUUCGGCGGCCAGAUGCCGGUCAUCAAGGUUGGGAGAAUGGCGGGGCAGUUCGCAAAGCCGAGAUCAGAUCCGUUUGAGGAGAAGGAUGGGGUCAAGCUGCCGAGUUACAGGGGGGAUAACGUGAACGGCGACGCGUUCGAUGAGAAAUCCAGGGUUCCGGAUCCCCAAAGAAUGAUCAGGGCCUACUGCCAAUCGGCAGCCACCCUCAAUCUUCUCCGCGCCUUCGCCACCGGCGGUUACGCAGCCAUGCAACGCGUCACCCAAUGGAAUCUCGACUUCACCGAGCACAGCGAGCAAGGCGACAGGUACUUGGAACUCGCUCACCGAGUGGACGAGGCGCUGGGAUUCAUGGCGGCCGCCGGAUUGACGGUGGACCACCCAAUUAUGCAGACGACCGACUUCUGGACUUCGCACGAGUGCCUGCUGCUUCCCUACGAGCAGGCACUCACCCGCGAGGACUCUACCUCAGGGCUCUACUACGACUGCUCGGCCCACAUGCUGUGGGUCGGCGAGCGAACCCGGCAGCUUGACGGUGCCCACGUCGAGUUCCUCCGUGGUGUCGCUAAUCCCCUCGGAAUCAAGGUCAGCGACAAGAUGAACCCAAGCGAUCUUGUCAAGAUCAUUGAGAUCCUGAACCCGCGCAACAAGCCCGGGAGGAUCACCAUAAUUACGAGGAUGGGUGCAGAGAACAUGAGGGUGAAGCUUCCCCACCUCAUCAGGGCCGUCCGCUCCGCCGGCCAGAUUGUUACUUGGGUUAGUGAUCCCAUGCACGGGAACACCAUCAAGGCCCCCUGCGGCCUCAAAACUCGCCCUUUUGAUGCUAUCCGAGCGGAGGUGCGAGCCUUCUUCGACGUGCAUGAACAGGAAGGAAGCCACCCAGGCGGCGUGCACUUGGAGAUGACAGGGCAGAACGUGACGGAAUGCAUCGGCGGUUCCCGAACGGUAACUUUUGACGACCUGAGCUCGAGGUACCACACCCACUGCGACCCAAGGCUGAACGCCUCCCAGUCGCUCGAGCUCGCCUUCAUCAUCGCUGAACGUCUCAGGAAGCGAAGGAUUGACUCCAACCAGGCCGUUUCUGCUGCUGCUGCGUACUCCUCUUUGCUUGGACUAUGAACAAUGGGACCCACCUCCAUCUAAGGUAGGUGAUGUGUCUAUUUGUGGGCGAAUUAUUGUGUCCGGUCACCGGAGGUCCGGACAUCCAAUCCAGACGAGUCACCUCAUCCAAAUACAUCUGGCCCCGGUGUAUUUUGGUGAUGUGGCGCUUCUGGAUUGGUAUCCGGACGAAUCCGAACACCGGACGUAAUAAUUUACCCUAUUUGUGGGUCCCUUCUUUUGAAGAUGUGUUUAUUAGAUAAUAAUGGACUUAUUUUGGCUCACCUAUACGGUAAUAUAAAGCUUGUGAUAAUGGAGUUAGUUGUUGUGAUAUUGGACUGAAAUGUUGGGUUGGGGUUGCUAAAUCAUGUGAUAAUUCGUCUUAGGAACCAAAAGGUGCUAAAUAAAUACAAAAUCGUAGAGGAAGAAUUUCACUCUUUCUUUUU